AUGGCCGCCGGCAUCCUGGUGGACUUCCCCUCCAUGGGGUCCGCCAGCUUCUUCCCCAGCCUCGAGUCCCUCCUCCGCGACUCCACGUCCCGCUUCCUCGCCGCCGUCUCCGCCGCCCCCGACCCGGACCUCACCAACUUCCGCUCCCUCUUCUCCCGUGUCCUCACCACCUACCCGGACCCUCCCCUCGAGGCCGUCUGGUUCUUCUCCGCGCUCACCUUCCACGACGCCCCCGACGACCUCCGCUCCAUUCUCCACCUCCUCUCCGCCUUCACUGCCUCCUCCCCUGCCGCCGCCAAGCCCCUUGCGCUCCUCGCCCCCGUCGUCUCCGAACUCUUCCACUCCGCCAAGCCCCGCAGGGAGAUUGAGGCGCUCGUCGAGGCUGUCCUCAGCUACAUCAGUAUCUGCAGCAGCCGCCCCGCUGGCGGCGAGGUCAACGCCGACGCUGGGAGGCUCUUGCCAGGUUUCGGGGAGCUGGUCAAGGUGUGGAGCGUGCGCAACUCGAGGGACAGGUGCCCGUUCCAGGUCCUUUUCCCGCUAGUCGGGGAAGAGGCCAGGCGGGAGCUCAUGAAGGACGGCUGCACUGUCACUUUCCUCGCCGGUGUGGUGGUGGCGGAGGCCUUCCUGCUCAGGCUCUGCCUCAAGGUGCAGGGUGUGGCUGGGGUGCCACGUUCUGAGCUGCAGAAGGAGCUAAGGAUCUGGGCGGUUAGCUCUAUCUCGGUCUUCCAGAACCAGCAAUUCUUCGGAGUCCUGCUGAACAUGCUUGUAAACCCUCCGCUGCCUGUUUAUUCACUACUGAGUGCUGAUGAUGAGAUCUUGGUGAGAGAUGUCCUUUAUGAUGCUUUGAUCUUGGUGGAUUAUUCAUUCCUCAAUGGAGCUGAAGUUGAUCAAGCUGAUAGUUCCCUUUUGCCUAUUUUUGUGUCAAGAUUGGUUAUAACUCUUGAUGCCAUCAAUGAUGCCAGGGCCAAAGGAGAUCAAGGGAGAGCAAUGUCGUUUAUCAACGCCUUCUCAACUUCAAAUAUUCCCGUUUACCUGGCUAGGUGGGCUGCUCGUCAAGCUGGCACCAGAAUGGCUGGCACUGACCAACUCGGCAAACCAGUUGCUAUCACACCUCAAGCUUUUCUGAAGUGGCUUGUAGAUCUUGAAGACAAGGGGCUCACAGUGUUUGGAGAGAACUGUUCAAGGAUCAGGGAGAGGCUGAUGCAUGAUGAUGCCAAGAAUGACUAUCACUAUCAGAGCAGGAUGGGUCACUCAGACGCUGGCCUUUUCUUCAUUGACAAGCAGAGUCACCAGGAGGGUAUGCACACAGAAGGUGGGGAGGAUGAAGAAGCCGUGGAGAUGGAGACAGCUGAUAAUGCUUUCAUGGCUGCCGCUCAGUCCAUGAAGGUGACGGCGAACGGCAUAAGGAAAAGGAAGGAUUGUGGAAAUGAAGACGCAGCAGUUGUGAAGUUUGUGAAGUACAAGGCUGAAGAUAGCUCGGUUAAGGAUUACUUCUCGUCUGCUGCUACCAAUGGCAUGAGCAGUGGUAGCGAGGUGGAGAAUCCACAGUCUGAUGAUGAGAUGGAAGAAACAGCUUGA